GGCAAUAGUGCAUCUCGUAAAAAAAAUGCAACUGAUUUUUCGAGCCCAGAGGGCAAAGGACGACAGAGAAUAAUAAUUCUAAACUUUUUUCGUUGACUGUUUUGGGUGCCAUUUUGUAUUUUGAGGUCUUUCAGUUAGUCGAUUUAGUUAUUAACUAUUUUCUUUAAUAUGCCUCAGCCGAAAUGGUACGGAAAAUCUCUUUCGGCAUUGUGCAUGGAAAAUAUCGUCAAUAACAUGGAGAAAUGGACGGCAUUGCGUAGUUCGGAGCACGUUUCCAUCCUCUUUUACCUUCUGCCUUCACAUUGUCUGGAGUACAUGACUGAAUGUCUCUUGGAAAACUACUCGAUAACAGAGGACAUGUUUGAUUUACUUUUAAGCCAACACGUGAAAGUUCUGGAUUUAUCACAACUGGGCACUGGACAUGAUGCAGAAAGAAAUCUUCGCAUCGUUCGUCUAGCAUCUGACAGAUGUUUGCAACUCACUACACUGAAGAUUCAUGAUGGCUGGGGUUCUUUUUUCAAUGAAAAUAGAAAUUUUGAAGUAAAAGAGACUUUAGCUUCUAUUUUGCAGCGUUUUGAACACUUGCAAAUUCUUGAUUUAUCUUCCACAAUUUAUGGUGCUAGUUGCAUGAUCAAUCUUGGAUUAACUGGGAAACCAAAACUAAGGGAAUUGCAAGUUAAUUCGUGCCCUGACGUGACCGAUUCUGUAAUGCAAGUGUUCUGCAACGGUCAAAGUUCCCUUCAGAAAUUAUCAGUUAGGGGAACGGAAGUGACUCUUAUCGGAAUUAGAUUUGCUAUCGAACAUUUACCAGAGCUGAAAGAAUUAGAUUGCCACAUUGAGUCUGAUAUCCUACAAAUUUUUCGUGGAAUUCGUAAUGAUAACAGAGAAUCAAAAAAAUAUUCCUUGGCCAAGUUGAUUAUGCUGAAUAGGAUGUGGAAUGUGCCAGACAAAGUCCCCUAUGAAAAAGGCAGCGUUUCAUUGAUGGUUGACAUGUGCCCGUCGCUCGUCGAUCUUUUCAUACAUGUAGACGACGAAGGAUUUACGAAUGAGGAGUUAUUAGGUUUUCGACAACUUCAACAACUAAAAUAUCUCGACAUUCGUAAGUGGUCGUCAAUCUCUAUUCGUGGCGGAGUAAUUCCUCUUCUACAAGCUCGUGGCCAUACACUUGAAAUGUUAUUUUUAUCGAUUCAAGUAAAGAGUGAAGAAGUCUUUCUAAUCAUCGAGAGCUGCCCGAACAUUCGCUGUUUGUCACUUUUAAUAGAAAGUUCCGAUUUGGAAACUCCUGAACCUGUAGUAGAUGACCGCGUCCACUCUUCUCUUUGUUCCCCAAAGGAAGUAUUUCCGUUAAGGAUGCUGGAAGAAAUCUCUCUGUUUACUUAUUUUUCAUAUGCUAUUUCACGCAAACUCUUACUUUUGCUUUUAUCUUCCCUUACUAUUACAGACAUUUCCAUAUACGAUUGUUUGACUCUUGAUGACCAGAUCAUUGAGGAAGCUUGCACUAAAAACAGUUUCAAGUAUUUGACCAGGUUAUGGUUGCGUGGUUGUUCUAAUGUGAGCCAGAAAGGCAUCGAUUUUUUUCUGAACGAAGCGAAUCCUUUGUCCAUAAUUUCUUUAAAAGGCUGUGGAAAUGUGAACCCUGAGCGUAUGAGAACCAUGGCUCAAGAGAAGCAUUGGAAUUCGGUAAAAAUAACUGUUGAAGAUUAUGAAGACUAUGAAAGAUAUGAAGAUUGAGGUGAUCGCAGUGAGAUGGGCGGACAGAAAUGCGAUCCAAUAUUUCUUUGAAAAGUUUCGUUUCCUGAUCGAACACUUUUUCUUUAUGUUUAUAUGCUUUAAAAAGAAAAAAAAAUAUUGUUUUUGUCAAAAUUCUUUGUAUCUGUGGUAAUCAAGAAAUAUUAAAGAAAUUCAAUAACAUCUAUGUUUUCAUACUUUAUUCCACAAAUUUUUAUAGGUUUCAAUUCAGGGGAUGGCUACACUCAUUCCGAUAAGCUAAACAAA